UGGCGCAAUCCUCGUCCUGCAAAGGGAACUCACGCGGCGGCUGCAGCUCGUUUUUUCCAUAUUUCCACUAUCCACACAUUUCACGGCUGCGUUUCUUGCGGUUUGACUUUCAUUGUUUCUCGGUCCUCAAACGCUCGUUUCACGUUUACAACUUUUACGGCUCCCUAUUCUAUAACGCUCCGGGCCGCAAAAACGACAUGGAAAACUGGUCAGGAUACUAUCGACUUGGCUUUAAGCGUCACACAGUUUAGUUUAGAGUUCACACUGAGAGAAAUUCACACUAGCGAAAAAUCUGUGUGAGCCGAAUCAAAAUUUGUGCAUUUGUGCGACCGCCGCUGGCACCGUGAUAUAACAGGAGUUGCCGCUCGACUUUCUCUACUUUCUCUCCCUCUCUCGCGAGUCGAAGUCGCACUUGAAGGUCUCCAUGUGGCAGCUCCAUUGACCAGUAAGGCAAGCAACCGGAGCGCCCAAGUUAACCAAUGCUUUUGGGCCAAUUCGUUUGACAAUUGAGGAAGUGAGCCGCAACUUUUAAAUGAAGAAACAUGGGGAAUGGCAUGAACAAGGUCUUGCCGGGACUUUAUGUGGGCAACUACCGCGACUCCAAGGAUCACACUCAGCUGGAAAGAUUCAAGAUCUCGCACAUCAUCGCCAUACAUGACAGUCCGCGGCGUCUGCUGCCGGACAAGCACUACCUGUGCGUGAUGGCCUCGGAUACGCCGGACCAGAAUCUCUCCCAGUACUUCUCCGUCUGCAACGACUUCAUUCACGCCGCUCGACUUCGCGAAGGCAACGUGCUCAUCCACUGCCUGGCGGGGAUGUCGCGCUCGGUGACCGUGGCCGUGGCUUACAUCAUGACGGCCACACACUUGAACUGGAAGGAGGCGCUGAAGGUGGUUCGCGCUGGUCGCGCUGUGGCCAAUCCCAAUGCGGGAUUCCAGAGCCAACUGCAGGAGUUUGAGCAGUUUAAGCUGCCCGAGGAGCGGCGCCGCUUGAGGGAACGCUUCCCAUCUUCGGCUCUGGAGCAACUGGAUCGCACCAAGGUGGCCACCGCGCUGGACAACUACCAGGAGCUGCUGCAGAACCGCGACAUCUGCGAGGGCAACUGCUCCCGCGGCGAAAAAUGUCCAACAGGCGUCUGCAACAUGGAUCCCACGAAGGGCUUGUUCCGACGACGUCCCUCCAACGCCUCCACACACUCGCGUCUGCGUGCCCAGUCCUCCAACGCCAACGCCUCGUCCAGUUCGCUCAGCGUGAGCAGUGUAGCCGCCCAAUCCUGCCCCACAUCGCCCAAGAACUCACCGCUGCCCAUGGUCCGUCGCUCGGUGGGCAACGAGCGCAUUCCCGAGGACGAGAUCGUCCUGGAACAGCCGCCCACCACAUCCCGCGAGGCGGCCGAGUAUGCCGCCGCCUUCGAGGAUGCUCGUCGUGAGCAGGAGCAGCGCCAGCAGCAGCUGCCCAGGAGUCAGCGCUCUCCCCGGCCGGGCAACUCCUCGAGAGAAGCGCCUCGGGUGAGCAGCGCCGGCAGUCGCAGGGAGUCGGCGGCCAGGGAGGGAAAUGGCUCCGCCCAGCUGCAGCGGAGUGCCAGCACGGUCAGCGGUUUCGGAGUGCGUCCACGGAGUAGUCCGGCUGGACUGCACGCUUACACGGGAUCGGUUCCUUCCUCCGUCCACGGUUCCCGAGUGGAUUUGCGGGAUGCUGACAAGGGAUCGGCUAUUUACCUGGGCUGUUCGGCACCCAGAGCCUCUACACUAUCUAUAUCCUCGUCGAGGGGCUCGUCGGGAGGCUCGGCUCCACCCUCACCCUGCCACACUCCUCCCGCCAGUCCACGUCAUGGCGUGAAAAGAUCCACCAGCCUGGUGAAGAAGCCGAGAUGAAGUCCAGAGCAAGCCGUCAUUGGCCGAGGAGGUUUUUUUGUAAUGCGAGUUGCGUUGGCACCCACUGCAUAUAAUCUGUAAUCCUUAAGCGACUUGCACCCUUUGGCAAAAUGCGCUCGUGACCUGCAGACUUGUUUGGUAGUGGACCAUGGACUCCCGAUUGGGAUUCGUUGGAUCCUUGAGUAGCUUACUGUUGUUAGAUGCUUGGGCUGCGGAAUCCUUCGUUUCCGGCUUUGGCUACUAAAAGUUGUUGAUCAAUUUUUAAUACGCAUUCGGGGCACUCGCCUUCGAGUGCAGCCUGAAUCAAGAAAAUCAAAUGUUAAGAGAUUAUUUUUCAGAGACGCAUUUAAGAAAUACCGACAUAUACAUAUACACACAUAUUUACUGUA